ACCCAAUAGUUCCAUGUUGACAGACCUAUUGACAAAUAUGUCAUUAGAACGUAUGCCCGAGGAAAACUGGUUGGUUGGGUGAGUUUUUCAUCAAAAGUAGUGUAAAGGAAAUGGUGAAAAUGGUGUGAUUUGAGUGAAAUGUGCGACUUAUCAUUUGCGAAAUCGAGUUCGGCUGGGGAAUUAUUGAAUCGUGUCGAAAUGACCUUUGAAAGCGGCGCUCAAGAGCCCUCAACAUUGAAAAGGACCUUUACUUUGCCCAGGAACCCCUUUAAUGCCUCCAGAAUGUCGAAAAAGUGGACGAGAACGAACGAAAACGAAUCCGAUAUUGCUAGAGAUAUAAAAAUCGUGAAUGGGGACAGCGAGAAGAAUAAUAAGAAAGUUUUUCGCCGCCCCUCAAUCAAGAAAAUUAUCAGCAAAAUCGCCCAGCAUAUCAGUGGAGUGCCAGGCAUCAAUCAGAGCCUGGACACCAACCGAGUUCCCCCGGUAGACUUCCAAACUUGGGGCCCAGAAGACACACCUGGAGUCACUGGGCUGAAAAACCAGGGCAAUACGUGUUUUAUUAAUGCAGUGCUCCAAUGCAUUUCCCAUACGGAUAUUCUGGCAGAGUAUUUUGUGCUGGACAAGUAUAAACUGGACUUGGCAAGAAGGAACAAGCUGAAUUCAAAAAAAUUCGGCACUAAAGGCGAAGUGACCGAACAGCUAGCAAAGAUUCUAAAAGCGCUGUGGGCCUGCCAGUAUUGCCCCGAAUUGAGCACCAGUUUCAAGCAAGUUCUAGAGAAGCAUGGCUCGCAAUAUAAGGGCAACCAGCAGCAUGAUGCUCAAGAAUUCCUGCUGUGGCUUUUGGACAAAGUGCAUGAAGAUCUGAAUACAGCCUCUAAGAAGAAAUAUAAGAAUAUCAAGACCUCUGGUCGGCCUGAUGAAGUAAUAGCGGCAGAAACGUUGGAGAACUAUAGAAGAUGCAACAACUCGUUCAUCCAGAGCAUCUUCCAGGCCCAGUAUCGGUCGUCUUUGAGUUGCUCCCGAUGUCGCACGCAGUCGAACACUUUCGACCCAUUUCAAUGCAUUUCGGUCCAAUUGCCGCAGUUUCACAAGCAAAGCAUUUACGUUACUGUGGUUUACACGUCGCAACAACCCCGCCAGGUUCAGAUCGGCCUAAAUUUGCCCUCAGGAGCCUCCAUCAACGAGCUGCGAGCCAUCCUCGAAUCGGACACGUCCAUCGAAAAGAGCAACAUGUUGCUUACGGAGAUUGGCGACGCUGGAUUUAUGCGCACUUUUAACGAUGCCCAGUGUGUCAGCAUUAUAUCGGAAAUUGAUCCCGUUUACUGUGUGGAAACUGCCCAGUUAAAAGACUCUGAAGGCAGCGCAACCAGCCCCUACAUCCUGCUUUGUUGGAUCAACAUUGUUAAGGGGAAUCCAGGAUAUUUGCGGAAGUUUGGAAGUCCCUAUACUAUGCAGGUAUCGCGCGAAACCAACUACGACGAUCUGCAGAAGCUGGUUUUAAAGGAAAUGGCCCCGAUUCUCCAUGAUGACAUUCUGAUUUCCUCACAACCGAAAGGAGUAAGACACUCGCCAUCUCCAUUAACGGCAGGCGGCAAAUCACGUUCGGUUUGUUUGCUUCAGAUAUUCAAAAUGCGCAUCUCGGAUCCGGCAUGGAACGAAAGUGAGCCGCCCUGUUAUCUCGAGCCGCAGCUGGAGCAUCCGCUCUUCAUGGAAGCGAUCGAUCAAGCCCUGGCUCUGUGUAGCGAAGACGGGGGACCGCCUCAUGUGAAACUGGUGAUGGAAUGGACGGAAAGCAGCAAAAAGUCCAUUAUAGCAGAAGACGGCGAUCUUAUCGAGGAACAUUCGACGGUGAAGCUGCUAAGGGCGCAAGCCCUGCAAGGUGGGGCCCCGUUGACUUUGGAAGAGUGUUUGCGCGAUUACACUGAAGCUGAAACGUUGAGUGAUGCAUGGAGGUGUCCGCAUUGCCAGCAGUACCAGCCGGUGGUGAAAACCCUGGAUGUGUGGUCUCUUCCCGACAUUCUCAUAGUGCACUUUAAAAGAUUCAGACAGCACAGCAUACGAGGCGGGAAUUCAACCAAACUAACCACCAUGGUGGACUUUCCGGUCUACGGGUUCGACAUGUCUCCUCAUUUGGCCACUAAGCGCCAGCCUCCCAAUAUGGCCUCAAAUAACAUGGCUGAUAGUGAUCUGAUCAAUGGAUGGUCUCCUUGGAAAAGGUCGCGGAAGCCCUCCACAUGCAAUGAAAACGUCUACGAUCUCUACGCCAUUUGUUACCAUCAUGGCACUGAUUUAGAAACAGGACACUAUACCGCAGCCUGCAAGAACCCCUACGAUCUUAAUUGGUACUUGUACGACGAUGCCAAAGUGAAGAACCUGAGCAAAGAUGCCGACGACUUAUCACCAGUAUUAGUGAAUAACAGUGCCUAUAUUUUGUUUUAUCAGCGGCGCAGCAUGGGGAUUAGCUCGAACAGUUCAGCCGCCAGUACCAGUUCAGUUGGUUCUGGCAGUGAUCACUGGGUAUGUCGCAUGCCCAAAUUUGUGCCUCCCAAGUUUGCGAAACAGCCUGAAAAGGUUGAAAAAACCGUGUCAAUUAAGGACGACUUGAAAGCCAUCGAGAAGGACAGCGAACUAACUGGGAACAAAACCGACGAAAUUGUCGCCCUGCGGAACAGCCAGAACACCUUGUAUAGUAGCCGGAAGUCGCUGGAAAUUAAAGUGACCGAGCCGUUGCGGAACUCGCCCACGUUAAGCCUCAACUUGAAUAGAUCGUCCUCGGAAAUAUCCACGAAGAAGCCGAUAUUUACAACCAGCGUGUACAUUAAUUCGCCUGGUAGCGACGAUGUUUCGGAUUCUCCUAAAAAACUGGAGAGCAUUAAAGUGAUUCUUAGGGAACCCACUAGGGAAAGUGGCACGGUUAAUGUGACCAACGACAUUGAAAAACCCGAUGUUUAUACCACUACGGCCUCGAUACAGAGACACUCGGAUAUCGAAAAGGGCGCCUCGAAGACCCAUCUGAACUGGAUGUCUCCACAACCAAUCAAAAAAUCUGCCUCAACUCAAGAACACCACACCGUUUUUUCUGUAUGAGUGGUGGGGCUAAUUAGGUGUAUAUUUGCGUGUAAAUAAAAAAAGUUCUUUACUUGAGCGACACAAUAACGGAUUUUGUGGCUCACUACCACGUACAAUUGGCAACCACAAACCUCCGACUACGGCGAAAAGAACUACAAGUUCAGAGUGAAAACCACCGGUUUGGGUACUUUUCAACGUAUUAAGGUUAAUACUGAAUUAUGCAGGUAUUACUUGUGAUUUGGGACAGCUCUUUUUUUGAGUAUGUUUGGUAAGCAAACAGUUUUUGUUUAAUGAUAUUUUAUGACAGCGUUUUGAUUAUUAUAACCAUUAUUUCUUGUUUUGGAAUAAUUAUUUUUUUGUCGAUAUUUUAUGUUGUUAUGGAGUCUCAUUUGGAACAGGAUUUUGAGCACGUAAGGCUCGAAAAUGUUGCACUUUAUGUACUGUCCAAGUAGUGACUUUCCUGUUUAGUAUUGUAGCUUGCAUAUGUAACUAUACAUUUAAUAGUUGAAUGAGUCAAACACGGAUAUGCCAGCUGCAAAACUACCAUUUGAAAUUGAUUUACUCCAAGUUAAACGUUUGAAAAGUGAUAUUAUGACAUAAAUAGAUUUUAUUUUUAUUAUAAUGAGUUCAUUCUAUCGUUUUGACGACACUUAUUCAUUCGUUUUAUGUGUUACAGUAUAUAUUUAGUGCACGGGAUUUAAUUUCAUUAUCUGAUUCAUUACAGGGUGUCUCCAAACAGUUGGAGACUUAGCUUUGUACAGAAAAAGUGCACCAAUUUGAUACUAUUCGGCUUUUCAGGUCGUAUCGAACUAGGAUUAGAAAUUGCAAUUUGAUGAUUGUAAAUAAUUGAACCGAAUUUUUGGGUGUAAGUAGUUUUAAGUACUAAUGAUAGUAAGAUUUAGUGCCUAAAGUUCGGCUGAUCGAAAGGAAAUUUUGAAUGACUUCAAAGUAUUUCCAUUAGCCGAUUCAAUUUUUGUCCUUUUAUUAAGAAAGUUAUAAAUUACAACGAGCAGCGAUUUUUACAUAAAAUAAUACUUUGAACAGUUGCCAGUGCGCUAGUUUUUUGUCCUUCAUCAAUCCAUUCUACUGGUAAAAUACGAUGCAGCUAAUCGUAUUAAUUUGUAAAAUCCCGUAUUUUAUACGCCUUUGUACUCUUAUUAUUAUUGUAACAUGUAAAACUGGUGCCUUAAAUUUAAUAUUUAUUGAUUAUUGUUCUGUUACACCGUCAAAUAAAGAAAUAUGUGUA